UCUGCACAUGAUGCACCAGUCGAUUCACUCGCAACAAUGGGGGACUAUCAUUUUGUGUACAAAGAUGUUGAAGGAUCAUCAACUCAAUGGGAUGAUAUUCAACGAAAACUCGGUAACUUGCCUCCCAAACCCCCCGCAUUCAAACCCCACCCCUUUACCCCCGCUCAAGACCAACAUUACAAACCUAAUUCGAUCGAUCACAAAACUCAAGAAGACCUCGAAGAUUUCGAAGAUGAUCCUGACGAUCGUCGAUUCCUCCAAAAAAUAGGGAGAGAGAGGUUAGCUAAGAUGAAGCGAGUUGCGAAAGCUGCAAAGUUUGGUUCAAUCAUACCGAUUUCUGGAUCGGAUUUUGUGCAUGAGGUGUCACAAGCUUCAUCAGAUGUGUGGGUGGUAGUUGUGUUAUACAAAGAUGGGUACCCUGAAUGUGGUGUUCUAAUGCAAUGUUUGAAAGAACUGGCAACAACGUAUCCAGCAACAAAGUUUGUUCAAAUCGUGUCGACGGAUUGCAUUCCUAAUUACCCGGAUCGUAAUCUCCCCACUGUGUUGGUUUAUAGUAAUGGUGCUGUGAAGGCAAGUUAUGUCGGUUUACAUAAGUUUGGUCGAAGAUGCACUCCUGAAGGUGUUGCUAUGGUUCUAUGCCAGUCAGAUCCAGUGCUUAAUGAUGGGCAGAGCGGAGGUGAAGAUUCUAGAGAAGCUGUUCUUGAAGGGGUAAGGAAAAGGUUUAUCGAGAAAGUGGUGACAUUGCAUGAAAAUGAUGAUAAUGAUGGGUCUACCAGUGACUAGAAUCAAGGAUCUGAUCCGAUGCUUAAUGAUGGGUGGACCGGAGGUGAAGGUUCUAGAGAAGCCGUUCUUGAAGGAGUAAGGAACAGGUUUAUUGAGAAAGUGGUAACAUUGCAUGAAAAUGAUGAUGGGUCUGCAAGUGAGUAGAAUCAGGUCUUGUUUAUUUGUGUUAUUUGUUCUGCUUUCUAUGGAUUUGUGUUGCAUAUCAUUAUGGUCCAGCUUUCUGUUUUUGUUAUGGAGCUAUAUACUUUGUUUUGGUGAUAAAGAUGUAUAACAUGAUAUUCUACUAAUCGAGUUAUGGUCAUUUCUUGGUG